UGACAUAUUUCGUGAACAUUCUAAAUCGUUUUUUCCAUGGAGCUGAUCUGUAACGUUGAGACAAAACGGAACGUGCUAACAGUAGACGUCCAGUCUCUUUUCGCGACGUAUCGGUUCAUUGAUCGUUCGUCACGAGACUUGGUUAGGGAUUAAACCGCGUAUUCCAGGAAAAGCAGAAUGACACGAGUAAACAACGAAACCGAAAGCGUGUAAAAUCGCUGUUACGUAAGUCGAAGGACGCCUCUAAUCGCGUAUCGCGUCAUCGUACUAUUCGCCGUGACUCGCCUCUUUCCCGCGGCUCUUUGCUGCUCGUACACGAAGUGCGAAAACCAUGAAAUCGUCAGUGAAAUCCACACGAUCUAACAUCAGCUUCAUCUUCGAACGUUCAACGUCACAGCGUUCUCCAUUCACCGGAAAUGAUCAAAUUUUAUUCAACAUGCAAUAACCGUCUGCCGAUAGCAGCUCGCUGUCGCUUAGCCGGUUUCGCGUAUUCUAUUUAUAAAAUUCGUCGAGUCGUAAGCUUUUGAGUCAUAGAAUUUCCAUAACCUCGCGUAUACCGCUAAUUACACACGAAUUGCCCACGGUAUGCGGUGGAGCGAUAAGCACCGAUGCACCGGGAUGCGCCGCGUCGCGACCAAGCCUUUGUCGUUGAUGACCGUAAGCGUCCGUGAACGCGCCCGCCCAUCCGAAGUCACGUUUCAACGCCAACCACGGCCGUUAAUUUGCACGUCUGGUUUGCCGAAUCGCACGUCAAAUCCACGCAAAACGCGUAAGAAUUAUACGAUCGGAAAUCUAUGUAUAGAUGGACUGCGUGUUUAGUCAGCACGAUGAAAGAUAAAAGUAUAGCGUCUCAUAGUUUACGUAACAUCGUAUUAAAUCGUAUUAGUCGAAGUUGGUUUUAACGACGCUCGAUUCGCGUGUCUUACAAUCCAUCAAACAUCCGUUUACGAGUUUACAUGUUAUCGCGUUACAACACACCGCGAUUAUUCGUUUGUGGACCAUCGCGAGCGCGCGGGCGGACGUGCACGCGCUCGUUCCUAUUCGUUUCUCGCCACAAUGCAGGUGAACGCGUACGCGCCUCUACCCGACCAGUGUGCAUCAGUUGCUCGCGAAAUUGCAGUUGGAUCGCGUCUUUUCCAAACCGAAUCCCUAAACCGACCAGUCGUUCGCAGAUAUUCGUUCGAUGACGAUCGUCGCGGCAAUGGGUCGUUUACCGCGUUAAUCGAUUCCGAUUCCGCUACUUUGCAGCCUCUUUCGACCAUUAUCCUCGUUCAGAUCGAUUCAAGUAACUUGCAACUCCUUCGUCUAUGUCGCUAUCGUUCAGCUAGCUUCAAAUAUUCUGUCAAAUUUCUCUCGUAUAAAUAUCCAUAAUUUGCAUGACUCAUAUUCCAUUAAAACUGCAUUUAUCUGUACUUCUUCCAUCAUUUAGCGACAAACACGGUCAUUAGCGACGGUUAUCUGACCUCGUCGAGAAACAAACAAUUUAUAUGUAAUAAUUAAAGUUGGCGUAAUAGGUGCUCGCAAAUUUUCCUCGUUACUUGUUAUUUUUGGUGACGUAGUAGCAGCACAACAACGUUCCGAUACGUGAAUGAAUCAGCCGGCAAACGUUCGCUUAAACGAGCUUCGAUUAAAAUUUCAUUGCGAUAAGUGGAAUUCGUCGAAUUUUAUUCGUUCGAAUAAAAUAAAUGGAACUCUACCGUGUUGGGAUUAUGACGUCGAAAAGGUUUCACCAGCGCAAUUAACAAACCGAGAGCGAAGGGUUAAAUAUCCGCUUGAAAUCGGACUGCUUGCACUCAAGAAACUUAGGUGCAAGUAACUUGACGAAUUUGAACGAGACUUGACGAGAAUCAUGACUUACUGCGACUCGUAGGCAACCGGAUUUCCCCGGGGAAACGUUCGAACUUUCGUCCCGACUAUUUUUUAUCCGACUGGACUCAGGGUAAUUACGUAAGCGAAGCUGAUACAUCGUCGUGUACACGACCGCGUGCGAGGCAACGUUCGCGAAAAUCCUUGGCACGAUAUCGAAGCUCGCGGACCGAUCGCGCGCCUGCGCUGCUCGCGCCAUGCGAUCGAUAGACGAGCGAUAAACAUGACGGCGAUCGCUCGUCUUCUCGCUGGGAUCGUGAUAUUCGGCUUUAUCGCGAGAACAGAGGGCCGCUGUUCGCACAACAGUUGGGAGAAAAUCGCUGGCGUUAAACCGGAAACCAUCGACGCGCAAACAGUUCUCUUUAGCGCGGUCAACUCAAACGGAAUAACGAAGCGUUGCUUCGAAAGAUGCGAACGCGUAAACUGCACCGCGUUCGUGAUAGACUUUGGUAGAAGCGUCUGCUACAGCGUGCGAAUAGAGGACGACGAACUGGUACCCGAACCGAAUUCCAUCUUUUACCACCGAGUUUGCGUGAAAGUGCCGGUAAGCUGCGCGAGACGAAAACUUUGGCAGGUGGAGAGGAGUCCGGGAGCGGUGUUCAUCGAUACCAGCGCAUUCCAUCUAUCUGGUCCGAUCACGCGAAACCAAUGUUACGAGAAAUGCAUAGAGACAGGAAGAAGCUGCGAGUCCGCGCAAUUUCGCACUUCGAAACCCCUUUCGAUCGACAAAACAGCGUUCGGACGAUGCUCUCUCUCGUUGUACGAACGAGGAACCAGACCAAGAGCGUACAGAGCGUCCAUGUACAGGGACGAGUACCUCAGAGAUCAAUGUCGAAAUCUGUCCAAAGACGAGUAUUGCUCGUACGCGGAAUUCCAAAAUGUCUCGUUACCGUACUCUGACGUCGCUUUGAUGGACCUUGACGAGAAGCAGUGCGAGAAAAGAUGCGACUCGAGCGUGGAUGGUUUUAUCUGUCGAGGAUACACGUUUGCCAAUUCGUCGGGUCAACCACUUUGCCUACUGCACUCGGAAGACACCACCAGUCUAGGAGUUAGCUCGUUGAUCGACGCGACGAACGUGGUCUACAGAGAGCGAGAACCUUGUUUAGAUCUGAAGGUACGGUGCAACGAUUCGACGAUGACGGUCGAGUUGAAAACGAGCGACCCCUUCUUUGGCCGACUCUACUCGAACGGAUACGCGGAUGCCUGCGGCGUUCAAGGUACAGGCAGUAAUCGAACAAUAUUGAAGUUACCUGUUCCACCCGUUGACCAGAUUCGCGAAGGCACCCUUCGUUGCGGAUUGCACCCUGCCUUUUCCGUCGACGAUCAAAAUCGAACGCGACCGUUGGUUUGGGCAACGAUCGUGGUACAAUUCAAUCCGAUCGUUCAACGACUUGGCGAUCAAGCAGUCAGGGUUGGCUGCUCGUUAAACGAUCAAGCACCUCCGCAACCAAAAAACGUCACCGUUCAAUCUAGUUUCAGCUUUCUCGAUCCAAACGCAGGAGUGCCUCCGAUCUCCUCGACGAUCGUCAACGCGUCCUCGCAAGCGCCGAUAGUCACCAUGAGGAUAUUGGACGAGAACUCGGCAGUCGCUAUGGUCACGCAUUUAGGUCAAAAGCUCACUCUGAAGAUUCAAUUGAGUCCACCAGAUGGUCCUUAUGACAUUACCGCCGGACACUUAGUAGCGAGCAGCGCUUCCGGCGAUGCCUCGUAUCUACUACUAGACGAACUCGGAUGCCCCACCGAUCCGACCACCUUUCCUGCUCUCUCGAAGGAUCCAGUCGAUGGUCGUUCAUUGAUCGCAACUUUCACAGCCUUCAAAUUCCCCAAUAGUCAACGAGUCCGUUUCAACGUACUCGUUCGAUUCUGCUUGGACAAGUGCAUACCGACCAACUGCAACGGCGAUAAACCUUCUUAUGGAAAAAAGAAACGAGCUAGCGAGUCUUGGAGUACGCAGACAACCUACCACGCCGAAACAACGCCAACGUCCAAGGACGAAACUCCGGACGAGUUAUCGCUGGAACUCUCCAUAAUCGUGCAAAAUUCCGUCGCGUCUUCGGCUGAUCGUUUAUCUUCGAGAGAGAACUCGUCUCCCGAUACCGUCCUAAUCGCCGGAGGAAGUGAGUUUUGCAAACUUUUGCAAUCUCCAAACCAACUCAAAACUUUCCUUUUUAUUUCGCGUCCGAUUUUGCUCGCUUAUUAUUUCUGUUCUAUCUCGCCCUUAGAUUCCGUGGACGGACUGCUCUGCGUCGACGCCAGUCUCGCUUUGAGUUUGCUGAUCUUCUUGUUGAUCGUCCAAAUAGCGCUAAUCGUUGGCUGUCUAUUGACCGUGGCACAAUACAGAAGAACCGCCAUACGAGCGGAAGAAGACAGAGCCAAUAUCCUAGCCAGACAUCUCUACGGCAUUCACGGAGGAAACUUGGACGUAGCGCGAAGAGUCAGAUGGGCUGAUCACAAUCUUUCCUCCUUAUCUCGCGACUGACUCGAUCUGAUCGCAUUGCCCGCAUAGCUGCGUUUCUUCUCCCCUCUCUUUGUCAUUGACACGUUUCCAAUCGGUUUCUUUACGAUGAUUGAACGGAUAGUAGGAAAGGACGUGAGAUACAAGGCCGCAGAAGCGAUUAUUUUCAACCAAAACUUGUAUUAAAGAAGGAACAACGAUGAAUAGACAAUUACGUAACUAUGCGGUAAACUAGUCUUAUGUGAGUAGCAUUCGCGUAUCGACAUUGUUGAUCGGUAAUAUGCAGUCAUUAAGUUAUCUAUCCUCUUAUCUUCGUAGUCCUGCAUUUUCCGUAGUGUCUUAAGGUAACAUCUGCAACAAAGAACAAGCGCGUUUCAUUGAUAAGUUUUAAAUAGACAGGGAAUGAGAUAGAGACUUACACACGUCCGUAGGUUAUAGGAUACUUAUCAAUUUUGAACAUAAUCUUAACGAAUAAGAUCGCCGCUACAUAGUAUGAUUCAGUUUUCCUUAUAAUACACGUUAUAACGAGUAGGUAUCAAUGCCAUUUUGUAAUUACAAAGUGACUGUAGCGCUCAUUAACCGCGUGUAUUACGAGGAAAAUUAAAUUCUCGUUCGAAAUGUAACAAGUAGAUUGCGGAAGUUUAUGCAAAGUAAAGUAAAACUUCGAUAGGAGUAUCAGUAUCCUUCGUCAAAUUAAAGCAUCUCAAAAAUUAUUUUCUAUUUUGCUGUCACAUUUCGUAUUUAACUUAUCCGUCCUGCAUGUACUUUGCAUACAUCUUGGACGUAUUUUUCAUAUUCAUCUGCAUAUCGUAGUUUUCUAAACUUCCGCAAUUUAGUCAUAAAUAUUCCGUGACGUAUGGACUAACAUCGAUCAUUUCUUACCUUUUCCACAUGCCGAUGCGCAGGUUAAUUGUCCUGGAUUGGAGUACUCAACGUCGUCGGAGCCGCAUACCGGAUUGUAUUCGCUCGUCGUCUGAAAAUUUUAUCGCUCCUUCUUAUUUAGUGCAACGAAUCGCGUUUCACUUUUCAGCUUUUGAACCCAUAAGAAUAGAGGACAGGAUUUUCUAUAAGCGUUAAUCGCGUGUGCCCAGAUGUUCUCCUUAAUUCAAAUGCUAUUCUUCUUCGUUCAAUUUAAAAUAUUUAGUUGUCGUUUCUUCUACUUCUAUCCUACUUCUGUACAAUAUAAUUUAUAACGCAUCGACUGCUGAUGACACUAUGACUGCUGAUGACUGUUGAUGUCAUGGUCUGGUAGCUCUUAAAAGCGAAAAAUACCACGUCGCCAUCCUCAACACGCGUUAAGGAAACAAAAAUUUCAGUCGCGCUAAGCAACGUCUCGAAAGAUAAAAGAUACGAUAACUGUAAACAUCUCGAUAUAUUGUGAAAAAUGGAAAAAUAAUUCAUAAGACGUUUCAACGAAGAAGAAUCGUUCUGGUUGAAACGUGAGUAUCUGACUUAAUGCUUAUAGGAAAUCCCGCCUCUACACAGCGUCAGGAGUGAUGCGUCAUUUGGAAGUUCGGCAAGUUAUAGACCAAGUUAAACCAGUAUGACCGGUAUAACGAAUUAAUAGCCACGACCUUCGACACGUUUAACAAGGUUAACAAACCUCCGCGAUAAAAUAGAAGAAAGGAAGAAAAAGAUGGAAAAUUUCAAGGACUUUCAUGACUCACCGGACAAGUAGUUACACACUGGUCGUAUCGAGCGUCGAAGGAAGCACCCUGCGUAGUCGUCGAAGGUGUUGCAGAACUACUGGUACUUGCCGUGGUUGCGACAUUUCUGCCGUCUGCAGGUCCGUCGAAAACGAAUCCGUCCACCGAGAACGUACUGCGUAUCGUUUGAAUCUCGACUUUGCCACUAGCCACCACAUCGUUCUUUGUACGACGGCAACAGUUAAUUAAUUCAAGAUCCAAUUGAUGAAACGUAUAAAACGUUUUAACGAUUAAACAAUUUCAAUUAUAAUUACCUGUGGAAAUGCGAUCACGCUUCUGCUCGACGCGAUAGCUACACACAACAUGCAUUUCCAUCGUUAGAACGUAAAUCGAUCCUUUAUACAAAUCUCUACGAUCCACUUAUUUCACGAGACAUACUCACCUAACACUAGACAAAGUUGCCACAUUUUGGUUAAUCGUGCACCUCCUUUUCUCUUUCGUAAAUUUAUACGCGUACACAGAUAAACGCACUUUGCGGACUUUUCUCCUUUCUUUUCCGAUCUUUAUAUUCUUGCACGUUUGGUCGAUACACCAAGAUCGAGAGUUUACUGAACGAAAAGAAGUCGUCCGCGUACUUUUAUAGCUGAGCCGAACGAGCCAACCAGAGAGGAUCGUUGAUUAAUCUUAAAAGUCCCCGCGCGAACUACUUAAUACAUAAGCAAAUACUGGAUUUUCCUGUUCGGCCACUAUUCUGUGCACUGUUCAGUUUCUUCUUUUUUUUAACGUCUUCGAAAAUAACAACACAGGAAGUAAUAAAAGACCAUUUCUAGAAUCGUUA